CCUUUACUGUCGGAGGAACUCAGUGCUUUGGUCAAGUCUGAGUCGUCGAACGCCAUUUUCUCUCGAUUGUGAGUCAUAUAAUUGUGUGAUAACGUAAAUAUAUGACUUCAUUAUUGCUUAAACUUCAGCAUCAGCUGUUUGAAUUGACACCCAUUUAACGCUAUUUAAAGUUGAAACUUUGUUACGUUGGUUUUUUUGUCUUGUCCUAAUUGUAGUUACAGUCCUGUUAUUUCAGUGUGUCAGUUAUGGCUUCAAGGAAAAAGGUUCUUCUCAAAGUUAUCAUUCUUGGAGAUAGUGGAGUUGGAAAAACCUCUCUUAUGAACCAGUAUGUUAAUAAGAAGUUCAGUAAUCAAUAUAAAGCUACAAUUGGAGCAGAUUUUCUCACUAAGGAAAUUAUGGUAGAUGAUAGAUUAGUAACUAUGCAGAUUUGGGAUACAGCAGGUCAAGAAAGAUUCCAGUCUCUUGGUGUGUCUUUUUACCGUGGAGCUGAUUGUGCUGUCCUUGUGUAUGAUGUUACCUCUCCCAACACUUUUAAAUCAUUGGAUGGAUGGCGUGAUGAAUUCUUAAUUCAGGCUUGUCCUCGAGAUCCUGAGAGUUUUCCCUUUGUUGUAAUUGGUAACAAGAUUGAUCUGGAAAAUCGAGCUAUCCCAACAAAGCGAGCUCAAGGCUGGUGCCAAAGCAAGAAUAACAUUCCAUACUUUGAAACAUCAGCAAAGGAAGCAAUAAAUGUAGAGCAAGCUUUCCAAUGUGUUGCAAAGAAUGCUUUAGCACAAGAAACAGAAGUUGAACUAUAUAAUGAUUUCCCUGAUCAAAUCAAGCUCACAAAUGAACAGAAACCUGGAUCAGAUAGCUGUGCCUGCUAAUGCUAAGUGUCUCAUUGAAUUAAAAGGGUAAAGUGGGAAUUUGAUAAGUUUGAGUCUUCAAAAUUAAAAUUUAGUAUAGAUAUAAUGAUUUUAACUUGUUCUUGGCAGAGGAAAAAAAAAACUGAAAAAAAAAAAGAAACCUUCAGAUGUGUAAUACAUGUUCUUCAAAUUCAAAAUGCACUAUUCAGUACUAUUGCGUAAACAUCUGUUUUAAAAAGUAUAAAUGUAUUUUAGUGCAAAAGAAAAAAGUUAUCACCCACUACUGGCAGCUUGGAUAAACACAAGCUGCAAUGUAAAUUAUGUAUAGAAGGGUUUAUUGUAAGCAAUUAUAUAUGCUCUAUAUACAUAUAAAAAGUAUAAAUGUAAAGUAUAAGUAGGAUGUUCCAAUGAAUUAAGUUAUGUCUCAUUUUUAGAAGGAUGCUAAUGUUUAAGUGUGAUUGUUUUCAAAUAGCAGUGGUAUAGCACUUCUGUUAUUACAUUUAGUGCUCACGUUUUAUUUUUUACUAGUUAAUAUAUAAAUGAAUUCUAGUGAUUUUUCUGCUUCUAAGUGUGAUCAUAUAAAAUCUUGAAACCAUAUUUUCAAAUACUCGAAUGUAUAUUUUAUAAAAUAAAGCUUUGGAAAUAUAUGUUGUCAUGAUGUAUUUUAACUCAUUUAUUUCUCAAGAACUUAAAUGUUACUUCUAUUGAUUUUCUUAUCUUGUUUAAGAGGUAAAAAUCUUAUUUAAGAUACAGAUACUCACUUCAUUCUUCUAUGGGUUUUGUAAAUUUAGUUUGAUUUUUGUGAUUUAUUUAUUUACCUUUUUAUUUUUAAUAUGUUUAUAAAAUAUUUAGAUGCAGAAUUCAAAUAUUUAACAUUACAUUGUUGAUAUUCUUUUAAUUUUGAUAAAAGAUAAAAAAAAUUUUGUAGACCACAGGUUGAAAUUUGACCAAAUGAAUUCAUAUAAGCAAUAUAAAAUUUAACACAAAUUUCCAUUGUAAAUCUUGACUGUUUUGUUUAGAAAGUGAAACUAACAAAUAUUAAUGUUGUGCUAUCUACAGUUAUGAAUAUUUUAGAAGAUACUUCUUGAUUUCUAUCAAACCAUUUUUUCAUUUAAAAUAUUUCCUCUAACCAGAACACUUUAAAGCAUGUAUUAAUCCAUUUUUUAUUCAUUGUUAAUCAUUGCAUUGGUCUCUAGUGUUUAAAAUAAUCUGGAUGUAUCAAUCAUUGAUUAUAGAUACUUAUUGUGCUUCAUAUGUUACUGAUUUAUUACUAUCUUCUAAUUGUUAAUGACUUCUCUGUGAUAGUGUUUGAUUAUUAUUGUAUAUGAACUAGUUUCUAAACAUAUAUUUAUGCUAAAAGUAUUGUAAUAUAAUUUAUCUGUGUCAGUACAACAAAUCCAAAUAUCAUUUAAAGGAUGGGAACUCUUGUAUUUAAAGUAAAGUCGCACUAUCCCAAGCAACUUCGGGACAGUUUCAAAGUUGACAAUUUAUCAGCUAUUGUCAGUUGUAGCUUGUGAGCACAGCCAGAACCGUGCCUUAUAAAGUAUUCUUAAUACCCAACUCUUUUCAAGUUUGUUUGAUCUUGUAUUAACAUAAUUAAAAAAAUGGUAAAAAAAAUAUUAAAAUUACAGAAAUAUAU